AUGAAUAAACCGCAUGGUUCAAUUGAUAAACCACGUGGUGGUGCUGCUGAUAAAUGGACAGAUGAUGAAACAUCGAUCCUCAUAAAUGUCCUACAUGAUGAUGCGAGGAAGCACGGGUUUAAUGGUUCUACCCUCAGCGGUCCACGUUGGACAGAAAUUAAGGAUGAGUUUUUGAUGAAAAUUGGAAAUGUGGAUAGGUUUGACUAUGAGAAAAUUAAGUCCAAGGUUGGAAGAUUAAACAGAGAGACAAAAACCUUCAAGGAGCUCCUUAAUUCUUGCUCCGGGUACGGAUGGGACCCUAUAGCUAACACACAAAAGAAAGAGAAGAAUGUCUAUAUUUCCAAGUACAGAUACCAAGGGCUUAAAGAUUUUGACUUACUGGAUGAGAUAUUUGGGAAUUCAUUUGCCACGGGAAACCAUGUUACGUAUAGUACAAAUCCUAAUUUUUCACAACAAUCAAAUGAAGCUAUUGCCGUGGAGAAUGAACCUUCUAAUUGUGACGACUACCCCGCUGGUACUGAAAAUCUAUGUCGUCUUAUGUCUCUGAACACCGGUAGUGAAACUGUUAGUGGAAAGCGAACUAAGCACUUGGAGUGGAAGAGAAACAAAGAGGAAGCAAAAGAAAGAAAGAAGCAGGAACAAGAGCAGAUACAAGCGUUGAAAGAAACUGAGAUUGAUGUCUACUCUGAGGAAGCUGUGACUACCCACUUGCAAUUUGUCUUGCAAAAGCAUGGUUUAGCUAACGAAAAAUUUUCACCAGCAGCGCCUUUCUUGCUCAACCCCAGCUUUCGCAAGAUAUUCGUUCAUAUGACCGAAAAAAAUCAAGUUGAAUGGUUUAACGACUUAAAGAAAAAUUGA